GCCAAAGACCAAUAAAAGAGAGCGUGUUGUGUCGGGUGCCGCAGAUGAGCCUGUCUGCUGCCGUCUCAGCUCACCACAUGCCAGAACUGAAGUUUGAGGCGUCAUAGGAUGAGAGGACAGCGAGCGGAAUGACCGCGUGUGAGGCGAACACCAGUGGCUGGACGAUGACUGUGUUUGGGGUGCUGGGGGCAGAUGGGGUCUCCAGGCAGGACAACACCCUACAAUUCAUGCUCAUCCUGUUCCUGAAGGUGUUCCUCAACAUUCUGGUGGCUGUAUCUUGCUCCCGGAGCCUGCGAAGCUCGCUGAUGGGAUACAUAGCGCACUCUGUGCUCCUGGCUGACGGCCUGCUCCUCUCCGCGGUGACGAUCCCCUGGCUCCUCGGGGAGCACGUCGACACCGCGCAGUGCAUGUGCUUUGUGUUGGCUCAUGCCUCAACCAUUUACUCUGUGCUGCCACUCCCAGUUCUGUUCCUGGGGACACUGGAUCAUGCCUCUCACCUGCUGCUCGGAGCUCCCCUCACGCACACCCGUAGUGGGCUUGCAUACUUCAUACUGGUCCUCCUUCUCUGGGCACUGGCCUGCCUUUACUCCUCCUUUGUCACAAACACGGUGGUGUGGCACAUCAACCGCUAUCAGCUGUGCAUGAUUCAGGACUCCAUUGUAGUGACUUACUUCAGCAUUGGACUCUGCUUACUCACUCUGUGUGUGCUGUUAACAUUCCACCAAGAAGCAACCACGUGGAUCAGAGCAAGCCUCAAGUACAUAGACUCUUGUCCAACCCCUGAACAUAGUGAUCUGACCUUCAAGUAUAAGAAGCUUCAGGAUCUGCAUAGUGAAGGGAUGAGUCUAGCUUUCUCCUGGACAGGGCAGGAGAGGGUGAAUGGAUCAGCAUUCUUCCUCAGCCAUGUCUUUGGUUUCGCAACCAACUGGGGCCCCUUUCUCUGCGUUACUACAGUCUUCUGGCUCCUGGAUUUCAAUGCGCCCUCUUACAUCAGCCUUAAUCUCCUCUGGCUGAUGUGCGCCAAUAGCCUGGUGGUUGGAAUGAUCUUUGCAUCCAGCGGCGAGGCAUCGAGGCUCUCUGUCUCGACCCUCGAUGAAAUCUGCGACUGGGAGAUGUGCUGGGCGCUUGUCCACCAGGACCGGCUUGCCCGUGGCAUUUUCACCAUCUCCAAGAAGACAAGAGCGGCCAUCGAGCAUGUCUAACCACCGGAGGGCACAGACCGAUCAAGGUUGAUUGCGGUGGACCUCUGUUCCAGCUAGGAAGUGUGCUAGCUCAUGUCAGACGCUCACACACGUCAGUUUCUAGAAUCCCUUCUGAAAGGCUAGUCUGUGGAAGCAGCUCAUCAGUAGCAUGCAAUAGUAGGUAGACUCCAAAAAAAUCAGACACAAGUAUCUUAUGAUGCCAAAGACAAAACUGAGCAUUUUUAUGCACAAAAACCGGAAGAUUACAGGAUCUGAUAACGUGCACAUUUAUCAGCAAGUCAAUGGUUAAAUUUCAACCACAGACAAAAGGGUCUAAGUUAGGAGAUAUGUUUUAUGUUAUCAUGCAGCAAUGUACCUGACCUUUGAGCACAUUUGGACUGUUCCUUCAGCUCACUUGGCAAAAGCAUACAUGGUAUUUUACAUUUCGUGACUUACAAAAUAUUUUUGUAUUUGAAUUCAAGCUAAUUGCAUAAAGUGUAACAUAAUAAAAUUCACUCAUAAAUGCCAAUAUCAAUAUUUGUAAUACACCUGCUGUCAUUCAAUACAUCUGGUUUCAGUGA